ACUCGUGCGACAUGCAACAACACGUCGAGCACCUACGACGUGUCUUCGAAAUUCUUCGACGAGAACGCUUCUACGUCAAACUAUCCAAGAGCGACUUCGCCCUCGAGAAAGUCCAAUUCCUCGGACAUAUCGUAAGCGCUCAAGGAGUUCACAUCGACCCCAAGAAAAUCGAAGCCGUGCGUACGUGGAAGACACCCGAGAACGUGAAGGAGUUACAGCAGUUCCUAGGCUUCGCUAACUACUACAACAGGUUCGUGCCACAAUACGCGAAGAUAGCCGCGCCACUCACGAAUCUGCUGAAGAAGAACACGCCCUAUAACUGGGAACCAAGACAUCAAGAAGCCGUGGAACUGCUGAAACAAGCACUCACGUCCGCACCCGUACUCAUCUUGCCAGAUCCCGAACGCCACUACGUCAUCGAAGCUGACGCCAGUGACCAGGCAGUGGGAGCAGUCUUGAUGCAAGACCAGGGGAAUGGACUGCAACCAAUCACCUACCUCAGCAAGAAACUACACGGAGCUGAGCUCAACUACCCAAUACACGACAAGGAGGCCCUUGCUAUUAUCAUCGCCUUCAAAACGUGGAGAUCUUAUCUCGAAGGACGCAAAACAAUAGUAUUCACCGACCACUACAGCCUAAAAUAUUUGAAGACGCAACCAAGCCUCUCCAGGCGACAGGUUCGGUGGAUUGACUUCCUCGAGACACACUUCCACUACGACAUCGUGUACAAGCCCGGCCACAAAAACAAAGCAGAUGCGCUUAGCCGGCCUGCACACCUACCUGGAAGCUUCACAACGCCUUCCAUGUCCAACUCUUGAAGCCCUACCGAGAUCCCAACACGGUCUUC